GAGAAUACAGCUUCUUAAUUAAUUUCCAUGUUCAUCUAUCUACUCUCUAUUUAAUUUGUCGUCAUAAUUUUAAUUCCAAAUUCGAAAGGCAUCUCAUCAACACUCCCUUUUCUGCCUUCUUUCUUCUUCUUCUUCUCUCUCUAUAUCUCAAGUAAAGUAGAAAUGCAGUGAAAUUGAUUUUCUGAAGAGUUGUAGCAGCAGAGAUGGUGGUAAGGAAGGUGGGUAAGUAUGAAUUAGGUAGAACAAUCGGUGAAGGUACCUUUGCCAAAGUGAAGUUCGCUCAGAACACGGAGACCGGUGAGAGCGUCGCCAUGAAAAUUGUGGAUCGCAGCACCAUCCUCAAGCGCAAGAUGGUCGAUCAGAUUAAGAGGGAGAUCUCGAUUAUGAAGCUUGUUCGCCAUCCUUGCGUUGUUCGUCUCUACGAGGUUCUAGCAAGCCGCACAAAGAUUUACAUAAUAUUGGAGUAUAUUACAGGUGGUGAAUUGUUUGACAAAAUUGUUCGUAAUGGACGACUUAGUGAAGCAGAAGCUAGGAAGUACUUUCAUCAGCUUAUUGAUGGAGUUGAUUACUGCCACAGUAAAGGGGUCUACCACAGAGAUCUAAAGCCCGAAAAUCUUCUGCUAGAUUCUCAAGGAAAUCUCAAGAUAUCUGAUUUUGGCCUCAGUGCAUUACCCGAGCAAGGAGUUACCCUCCUAAAGACAACAUGUGGAACUCCCAAUUACGUUGCUCCUGAGGUUCUCGGUCACAAGGGUUACAAUGGUGCUGUGGCAGAUGUAUGGUCCUGUGGGGUCAUCCUUUAUGUUCUUAUGGCAGGAUAUCUCCCAUUUGAUGAACUUGAUCUCCCAACUUUAUACAGUAAGAUCGACAAAGCGGAGUUUGCUUGCCCCUCAUAUUUUGCCUUGGGAGCAAAGUCCUUGAUUCGUAGAAUUUUGGAUCCAAAUCCUGAAAGUCGAGUUACAAUUGCCGAAAUCAGGAAAGAUGAGUGGUUCGUAAAGGAUUACACUCCUGUGCAACUUAUUGAUUACGAACAUGUAAACCUGGAUGAUGUAUAUGCUGCUUUUGAUGAUCCAGAGGAACAAAAAGGCGCACAGGAUGAAACAGGAGACACGGGUCCACUGACUCUAAAUGCGUUUGACCUAAUUAUUUUAUCUCAAGGCCUGAACCUCGCAACUCUUUUUGACCGUGGAAAGGACUCCAUGAAGCAUCAGACAAGGUUCAUCUCACACAAGCCAGCAAACGUAGUUCUUUCAAGCAUGGAAGUUGUGUCGCAGUCCAUGGGCUUUAAGACGCACAUCCGCAAUUACAAGAUGAGAGUAGAAGGAUUAUCUGCAAAUAAGACGUCUCAUUUCUCCGUCAUUCUAGAAGUCUUCAAAGUGGCACCAACAUUUCUCAUGGUAGAUAUUCAAAAUGCAGCAGGAGACGCAGAAGAAUACCUUAAGUUCUACAAGACAUUUUGUGGUAAGCUUGAUGAUAUCAUCUGGAAGCCACCAGAUGCAUCUGUGAGAAAUCGAGCCACCAAACCCAAGAGUAAAAGACGUUGAAUCCAUGUCUUAGUCAAGCAGAGCUCGCUUUGUUCUUUAACUGCUCUAGUCGAAUGAAUACGUAAAAGCUUGUUUGAUUUGGGCUUACUUUAUGAAUACAUAGAAGAUUGUACUAAACUCAUGCGAUUGUUAGAUGAUGAGAAACUAUGUUUUGUACCAUUUAGUCGAAUGAAAAUUGAUGUAUGCAUAGUUCUACAAGACAUUGUGUGUUAAGCUUGAUAAUU